ACACUAGAAAAAGGGGGGAUAGAAAGCCAUAGUGCAAAGUUUUGACACAAAUCCCCCAAGAAAUAUAAAUACAACCCAAGCGUCUGUUUCCAUUAUCAGUCGUAAACACAUCCAAUAUGAAGCUUCAAAGUGCACUGGUUUUGAUAUUGGGUUUGGUGCUAGUCUCCGCCACCCCCGGUGAAGAGAAGAAAGAAAAAACCGAAAAAGCCGCUGAGAAAAAGGACAAACGUGGUCUUUUCGAUUUUGGCUAUGGUUUUGGGGGUGGCCAUGAAAUCGGGGGUGGCAUCGAAUUUGGUCAUGGAAUUGGUCUUGGGGGCGGUAUUGAAGAACACGGCCAUGUCAAACACGUGACCAUCACUAAGGAGGUUCCAUACCCAGUACCACAUCCCGUACCCUAUCCAGUGGUCAAGAAAGUGGCAGUGCCAUACCCUGUCAAAGUGGCAGUACCUGUUGACCGCCCAUACCCCGUCCAUAUACCCAAACCAUACCCUGUUCCUGUCGAAAAACCAGUACCCUACCCGGUCGAAAAACCAGUACCUUAUCCUGUUAAAGUACCAGUCAAGGUACCUGUACCAGUGCCUCACCCAUACCCUGUACCCAAACCAGUACCUUAUCCAGUGCACAAACCUGUACCAUACCCAGUCAAAGUACCUGUCUAUGUAGAGAAACACGUUCCAGUUCUGGUCAAAGAACAUCACCAUGAAGGGUUCGGAAGUUUCGGAAUAGGACAUGGAAUCGAAGAAUUUGGAGGGUUCCAUCAUUAAGCGACUGACGUUGCUUUUCUGUUGUUCUCAUCAGUAUUGUUGCACUGCGUUUUGCUCAUUUCAUCUCUGUCUAAGUUAAAUUAUAUUUAUUCCUUUAUUUUCUACUUAAUAAAAUGUUCUUUUUAAAA